UUCAUAAUUUAAAUUAAUCAAUUAUGAGAAUUUAAAUCUCUAUUAUUUAACUCUCCCUCCGUGAGGUAUAUGUUUAUAUAUGCAUAUAAUAUGGUUUUAUAGACGACGUACGUGGCGGUCCAGUUGAGUCUAUGGCUGACUUAGUUGGAGAGGAGCCGUGUAGGAUAAGGGGAGAGAGAGAGAGAGAGAGAGAAAUAUUCUAUCUAUAGUUAGCAGUGUCGUUUUGUUUGGUGUAUUUGUCUUGGCUUCAAGGGAAGCAAAGCAAACAUGAGUUUUGAAUUAAGGUAAGGGUGCAAUUUAAGGAAUUGAAGACAAGUCUAAAUUGGGAUUCUUUCUUUUAGAGGGGAAGAAUUUUUGAGAGAUUUGUUGGGAUUAUGCUGAGCAGUGAAGCUUUUGUUUUUAUUUUAUUUCUUGGUUUAAUUUGGUAGCUACUGCUCUACCUCUCCCUCAUGUUACUUCUUCUCUUUUAGCUAGUUUAGGACUCAACCCACUUUCUUUCAGCUUCAGUAUACCAAUUACAAUGAUGUCUGAAGAUGGGUUUUCUGUUCCCUCCUCUACCUUCAGAGGCUUUGUUCAUCAAGAACCAACUCCAAACCCUAACCCUAACCCUACUACAAAUUCAGUGAAGAAGAGGAGAAAUUUACCGGGAACACCAGAUCCAGAUGCCGAAGUAAUUGCCUUAUCGCCAAAAUCUCUCAUGGCAACAAACCGAUUCAUUUGCGAAAUCUGCAAUAAGGGCUUCCAAAGAGACCAAAACCUUCAACUUCACAGAAGAGGUCACAAUCUUCCAUGGAAGCUGAAGCAAAGAUCAACCAAAGAGGUUCGAAAGAAGGUGUAUAUCUGCCCUGAAAAGAGCUGUGUACACCACGAUCCAACGAGAGCCCUUGGCGACCUCACAGGAAUAAAGAAGCACUAUAGCAGAAAGCAUGGAGAAAAGAAGUGGAAGUGCGAGAAAUGUUCAAAGAAAUACGCAGUUCAAUCAGAUUGGAAAGCUCAUGGCAAGAUCUGUGGCACCAGAGAGUACAGAUGCGACUGUGGCACCCUCUUCUCCAGGAAGGAUAGCUUCAUCACCCACAGAGCCUUCUGUGAUGCUUUAGCAGAAGAAAGUGCGCGAUUCACUUCAGUUUCAGCAGCCAUUAAUGCGAACUUUAGAAACGAUUUGAUCAACGGAGCUCCUAAUAGUAAUCCCCAUCAAUCCACUGGGAUAUCCCAAUUUUCAUCUGUGCUUAGACCAGAGUUUGCCGCUGGAUCCGAGCUGGUGGGUGAUAUUAGCAUUGUUGAUGGGCAAAAGCAAAGGCUUCCAAUAUGGCUAGACCACGCCAAUCCACAAAUGAGCCCAAUUGGAGUUGCAAAUAAUUCUAAUGCUUUCUUGGCAUCAAACUCAGCUUGCUUGCCUGAAUUUGUUCACACAGCACAGAUGAAUAUGUUUGGUUCAGCAUCAUCACAAGCUCAGUGGCUCAAUAAGUACCAAGAAGCACAGCUUACAGGUGGCAGCAAUCUCUCUAUGUCGGCAUUGCCACGAGGACUAAAAGAGGAAGAAGGGAACACGGGAGAUCUAUCUGAAUCUCUUACUUCUUUGUAUUCAAGUAACCAGCAUCAGCAGCAAAAGAACUCGGCUCACAUGUCAGCUACUGCACUUUUGCAAAAAGCAGCCCAAAUGGGAUCUACAAAGAGCAACCCAGCAUUCAGUACCGGCAAUGGGAUUUCAUUGAUGAGCUCACCAUCUCUCUCAAAUGCGACAAGCUUCAACACUUAUGACCAAAGCAAAAGUAAAGAAACCCUCAAGUUUCUGAGCAGGCAACCAAAUCAAGCUGCAGAGAACUUUAACGAACUAGCUCAUUCGCUUUCUCCUUCAAAUCCAGCCACGUUUUUGGGUGAAUCGAACUCAAACACAAUUUUGGGUACUACUAGUACGACCAGCAAGAACUUGAAUCAUUUAAUGAUGCAAGCAAAUAGGAAGCAAAACCAUGGGAGCUCCAGUGAAAUAGAAGGAAGUUUAACCAGAGACUUUCUUGGUGUAGGUGGUGAAACACGCAGACCAUUCUUGCAAAAAGAGCUAGCAAAGUUUGCAUCAAUAAGUUCAGGAAUGGAUUUGAGCCAAUACAGUUCUGGGCAUCGUUGAGUUAAUCCAAUUCCAGAAAGUAAAAUUGUUGUUGUACUAUACAUUAGCUAUGAAGCUAGCUAGCUAUAGCUAGUCUGUGUUUUUUUUUAAUUUUUUUUUUAUAUACAUUGAGAAAGUAGAAUAUUAGGAGAAAACAGACAAAAACUGAAGAAGCCUGAGCACCGAGUUACACUCCAUGGAAGAAAGCGAGUGAACUCGAACGAGUAACGAGUGAGAGACUCGUGACUGAGUGGUCAGGGUCGUGGGGGCCACUGCAUUGGAAGAGACAUAGCAGAAACAGACAGACAUGGAAAUCAAUCAAAGGAGGUUGUUGGGACCCUCCAUGCAAUGUAGUUUGCAGCUUCUCUCUUUUUCUUUUUUCUUUUUUUUUUAAUUUUUCUGAAAUUUGAAAAAAAAAAAAAAACUUAAUGACUGUUGAUUA